GAAAUCACCAAGAGGAAGUGGGAGGCGGACGGGACUGUCGCUGAGGGGUGGAAGCAGUACCUGGAGAACAUCUGCAUCACGUGGCUGAAGAAAUACGUGAGCUACGGGCAGGCCGUGCUGGAGAGGAAAGAGCCCCCCGCGGUCCGAGUGUCGGGNAAAGGGGCCGACGGGAUCCUGACCUUGUACUGUCGUGCUUACGGCUUCUACCCGCGGCCCAUCACCGUCAGCUGGCUGAAGGACAGCGAGGUCAGGGACCAGGAGACCGAGCGGGGCGGUGUCACACCCAACAGCGACGGCACCUACUACACCUGGGCCUCCAUUGAGGCCCGCCCGGAGGAGAAGGACAAGUACCGGUGCCGCGUGGAGCACGCCAGCCUGCUCGAGCCCGGCCUCUUUGCGUGGGAGCCGGAGUCCGACCUGUUCAUCGUGCUGGCGGUGGCUCUUCCUGUCGCCGUCCUGGCUGUCAUCGCCACCAUCACCGGAUUGGCCUGCUGGAAGUACAAAUGGG